AUUAAUUUGUUUUUCAUAAAAAGGAAAAAUUGUUCAAUAAAAACUUGUAUGGAAAUGAAUGAUACACCAAAAGUACGAAAAAAAUUUGGUUUAACUUUAAGUUCACGUUUAAAUAAAAAACGCCACAGUGAGUCGCCCAAAACACAUAUGAGGUCGUCACAAUCUCCUAGCUUUAACUCUGACGGGGGCGAAUGUACGCCACCGCGUAAAAAAUUAAUAAACCUUGAUGAUAGUUUCGAGUAUUCGCCCAAACUGUUAAACAACAGUUUUUCUCCGUCUUAUCUACAAUCACAAACUUUGGUUAUUGAAAGUGCUGAAGUGGGUUGGAAAUGGAAUGGUUCUAGUAAAGCUGUUCAAUUAGCAGCUAAUACUGAUUCCCCGAAUUCAGGCAAUAGUUCUAGUUCAUUGAAUACUGUGGGCACCGAGCUCAAUUCAGAUUUGGGCACUAGCAAGACUCGUUCGACUUAUAACGUUCGUAGAGAAGAGGAGCGAAAAAAAUUGGAACUAGAAAUACGUAGAGCAAAGAAAAAACGAGCAGAUCAGAAACUAAAAGAACGUUGCGACAAAUUGCGUGAACAAUUAAAAGGCAUUAGUAAGCAGAAGCCAAUUCAAGGUGCGUCGGCUAUCAAUAAUUCGAAGGAACCUUCUCCUAGCAUUGUGCAAGACUUGGAACCUGCAGUUAAUUCAAAUAGUCUCGAUGAUUUCUUUAAUGAUUCAGUUUCUGAUGGUUUGCUUAUUGCUGCUGUUGCUGCUACUCAAGAAAUUGAAAGCGAAAAGGAAUAUAUCACUCAGAAUACGUUUUCAGAGUGUUCAACAUCUAGCUACUGCAAGAAGGGCAUGGAAAGUUCAAAUAAUGAAUAUGGAAUGCCUGUAACUCCCACUACUAGUAAAGGGGAGAAGCGUUCCUCGUUUUACUCGAAAUUUUUAGAGGAUGACUUUUCAGAUGACUUGAUUCUUUCGCUAGACGAAGUUCUACUACAGGCUAACCAGGCGAAAACACCCAAAACGCCCUUACAACGAUAUAAAUCAAUGCCAACCGAUUCUGCUAGUAGUAAAGGUGAUAAAGUACGAAACACCAAUCCAAAGUCUACUGAUGAAGGCAAUGAUAAAGACUCGGGCGUUAUUGUUUCAAGUACGAAAUUGUUUCAGCGUCAUUCUAGCAGCCACGUUUUAAACUCCAAGGAUCCAUGUUGUAAGAUGCGACAACAAAAUAAGUUUUAAAAAAACUUUCACGCUUACUCUAGCCAAUUAGCCAGUCACCCGUGAAUGGCAAUGUACAAAGAAGAAAUAUUGAGUAAUUGAAUACUUAACUUUUUUUUUUUUGUAAAACGAGUAUUUAAUUAAAUUUUAAGGAACUACGUACAUUUUUAUUUUUAAAAAUUUAAGGUUAGUCCUAAAACUUGCUUAUGCUUUCGAACUACGCAAGGACUUUAUAACGAAUCCCUAUAUGGAUCAGAGGCUUUCGUGCAUCACUGUUUUUUUUUCCUAUGCUCUCAGGUGUAAAC